AUGGAUCACAUUACAAUGGAAGAGAAAAUAAAUAAAAAAACCAAACAUAUUUUUAGUAAUAAUUAUGAUAAUAUACUAUCAGAUAAACAAGUUCAAUGUAUAUAUAAAGAAUUUUUUAAUAAUAACAAAGAUAAUAAUAAUAAUAAACGAUUCAAUGAAAAUGGAAAUCAAAUAAAUCAAAUUGAUUUUAAUAGUAAUAAAGAAGAGGAAAAAGAAGAAAAAGAAGAAAAAGAAAAAGAAGAAGAUGAAGAUAAUAUAACAAUUUUAGAUGAUGUUUAUUAUAGUUUAGAAUAUGAUUUUGAAGAUUAUAUAAAGUAUAGUAAAAUUUUAACAGAAAAGAUUGAAAAGGAAAGAAUAACACAAUUAUUUGAACAAGAGAAACAAAAUAGAUUAAUAAGAUACCACCAAAGAAUUCAACAACAAAAAGUUAUAAAAGAACAAUUGAAUGUAAAUAUGGAAUUAUUAGAGAAGCGAAAACUACUAGAAACUGAACUCUCAUUGAAAAGCAAUCAACUAAACCAAUGCCAAACUCAAUUACAACAAUUUCAAUCAACAAUGACACUUUUACAAAGUCAACAUCAACAAACAAUCAAUAAAUUAAAACAAACUCAAUCCGAACAACUUCAAAAAAGAAGAAAUCAACAACACCAAAACCUUUUAAAAAAACAAAAAAUUCAAAAAGAAAAAGAAGAAAGAGAACAAAAAGAAAAAGAACAAAAAGAAAAAGAACAAAAAGAAAAAGAAGAACAGCAACAACAAUUAUUUUUAUUACAGCAACAGCAACAGCAAGAAGAGGAAUCAAAAACAACCAAUAAAAAGAAAAGAAAUUCAAGAACAACAUCAAUUAAUAGAGUAUUUAGAUCACUAUUAACUGAUGUUAAAGUACCAGCAAAGAAAUUUAAUGGACUAAAAUCAGAAGCACAAGAGGAGAUGUAUGAUCAAUUGGAUACAGUAUUAAAUCAAUUAAAAGAUUACUCUGAUCAUUCUUUUCCCUUUUUAACAAAGGUUAGACCAUCAGAAGCUCCAAACUAUUAUGAAAUCAUUAAAAAACCAAUGGAUCUUAGUUUAAUGACAAAGAAAUUAAAGAAAUUAGAAUAUCAAAGUAAAUUUGAAUUUCAAUUGGAUUUAAAUUUAAUAUUUACAAAUUGCAGAAUUUAUAAUACUGAUCCUUCUGGUAAAGUUUAUGUUGAACAUGCAAAUAAGAUGGAAAAGAAAUCAAAAGAUUUAAUGAAAAAUGUAAAAGAUUUAGAUUUUUCUAUGGAUAUUUUAAAAGAUAUAGUUGAUGAGAAUAAAAAUAAUAACAAUAGUAAUAAUAGUGUUGAUAAUAAUAAUAGUUUAAAAAAAGGUAGAACAUCAACACCAAAUAAAAAACAAAAAACAUCAAAUUCAACUACAACUACAACAACAACUACAACUACCACCACUGCAACAACACCAAAUUUAUUAAAUACACCAUUAUCAUCACCACCAUAUACUCCCUGUUCACCAUCAACAAUAUCAACAGUAUCUUCAACACCAACAACACCACAGUCAGCUGAUUGUCCUUUAUCACCUUUUCAACAACAACAACAACAACAAACACAAGCUCAACAACAACCUACAUCAAAUUCACCUAGAAAUACAACCACUACCACCACCACUAUCACUAGUCCUAUAUCACCUCGUGAGACAAAUAAAGAUGUUAUAAUGGAAGAGGAAGAAGAAUCAUCAUCAUCUUCAUUAUCAUCAUCAUCAUUAGCACUAAAUAGUCAAAAUGAAAAUGGAGUUAAUAAAUCAAUUGAAGAUAGCACUGGUGUUAAAAUGGAAUCAGAAGAAUCAACAAAUGUAAAAAAAGAAGAAAAUCAAUCAGGAGAUUGUGAAAAUCAAACUACUACUACAACAACAAAAGAAGAAGGAGAAGAACAACAAGAGCAAGAAGAUGAGGAACAACAACAACAACAACAACAACAAGAAGAACAAACACUAGAAAUAGAGAAUGAAGAAGAUAUCAUUAAUAAUUUUAAUAGUGAAAUUGAGAGUUUAAAUAAUGAUUUCUCAGAGAAAACAUUACAACUUUCAAUACAAAUCAAAGAGAUUAGUGAAAAAACAGAGCAUUUUAAAAUUAACAAUUCAAAAAUUCAACAAAAUUUAGAUGAAUUACCAUUAGCCGAUAAAUUAAAUUUAGAUAUUAAUAAUGCAAAGGAAUUAGUUGAUGAUAAUAUUGAACUUGAUGAUUCUGAAAUUAUAAUACCGCCCUACCUUAAUAAUAAUAAUAAUAAUUGUAAUAAUAAUAAUAAUAAUAAUGAUAAUAAUAAUAAUAAUAAUAUUGAUAAUGAUAAUGAUAAUAAUAAUAAUAAUAGUUUAGAAAAUUCAUUUGAAAUUGAAAAAUCAAAAAAGAUUAAUAAGUUUAAAGAGUUAACUAAAGAGAAUAGAGUUAGAAAAUUAAAAUAUUUUUUAGAUCAACAAUCAUUACCAUUUAAUAAGAGAGAGGCAUUCAUAAGAACACCUUAUUUUAUGAAUACUUUUUAUAAUUUAGAUUUACAACAACAAAAUCAAAAGCAACAACAAAUUUUUAAUCAAGAAAUAAAUGAUAAUGACGAUGAUAAUAAUAAUAAUAAUAAUAAUAAUAAUAAUAAUAAUAAUAAUAAUAAUAAUAAUAAUAAUAAUAAUAAUAAACCAAAAGUAAUGAGUGCCAUUCAAAAAAUGGAUCAAGAUUUUAUGGAUUUAAAAGUUGGAUUUUUUCCAGAACUUACACAUCUCUCAAAUAGUAUACCAAUUAUAACACCAAAUUAUCCAAUUACUUGUAAAAAUUCAUCAAUUGAUAAUUCAGUAACAACUCCUUCAAAAUCUUUAUUACGAUUAUUAAACUCUAGUAAAAGUAAUAAUAAUAGUAAUAAUAAAAAAGAAAAACAGUGUAAUUAUAAUAGAGAAGGAGAAGAUGAUGAAGGAAGAGGAGAGGAACAAAAAGAAAAAGAAGAAGAAAAAGAAGAUGAAGAUUUUCCAAAUAUAAUAACAAAUGAUAUAGCGUAUAUUUUAUUAUCAAAAUCAAUUGCAAAAUCAAUUGAAAGUGAAUCAUGUUUACAUGGUACAACUCAAGAGACAAUGUUAAUUUUUACCGAUAUUGUUAGUUCAUUUAUUGGUAAAAUUGGAAAAUUAUUUAAUAAAUAUUAUUCAAAUAAUGGUUUACCAAAUAAUAAAUCAACAACAACCCAAACAACACCAACAACACAAUUACAACCGCCGCCACCACCACCAUCAUUAUCAUUACCUCCAUCCCUUUUAUUAAAUUCAAUUGUUACAGAUAUUUUUGGUGAUAGUUUAGGUAUAUUAUUAUUAAAAGAUUAUAUGAUUAAAAAAUCCAAAAAUCAACAAAUCUAUGAUGACCCUUUGUUUGAAUUAGAGGUGGAGUUUGAAAAUGAUCAUUUACAAUCUGAUAAUAUUUUACAAAAUAAUAAUGGGGAUAUUGAUAUCAAUGAAUCUAUGGAAAUUGAUAUCCUUGGUGAAGAUGAUAUCAUUGAUAUAGAUGAUACAGGUUUAUUUGGUCAUUACCCAAGAUACAUUGAAGAACCUGCUGAAAUUACAUUGUUCAUUGAUCCAAAACCUAUACAAAAACCAACAACAAACACAACAACUAAUAAUAAUAAUAAUAAUAAUAAUAAUAAUAAUAAUAAUAAUAAUAAUAAUAAUAAUAAUAAUAAUAAUAAUAAUAAUAAUAAUAAUAAUAAUAAUAAUAAUAAUAAUAAUAAUAAUAAUAAUAAUAGUAAUAGUAAUAAUAAUAAUAAUAAUAAUAAUAGUAAUAGUAAUAAUAAUAAUAAUAAUAAUAAUAAUAAUAAUAAUAAUAAUAAUAAUAAUAAUAAUAAUAAUAAUAAUAAUAAUAAUAAUAAUAAUAAUAAUAAUAAUAAUAGUAUUAAUAAUAAUAACCACAAUAAUAAUAAUAACAACAACAAUAAUAUUAAUAAUAAUAAUAAUAAUAAUAAUAAUAAUAAUAAUAAUAAUAAUAAUAAUAAUAAUAUUAAUAAUAACAACAACAAUAAUAUUAAUAAUAAUAAUAAUAAUAUUAAUAAUUAUAAUAAUAAUUAUAAUAAUAAUAAUAAUAAUAAUAAUAAUAAUAAUAAUAACAACAACAACAACAACAAUAAUAAUAAUAAUAAUAAUUAUCCAAAACCAAUUCAAGCAUCAACACAAACAGGUAAUUUAGGAAUUCAACAACAAUUACAACAGCAACAAUUACAUCAAUUACAACAACAACAACAAUUACAACAGCAGUAUCAAAUUCAACAACAACAAUUACAUUUACAACAACAACAACAACAACAACAACAACUUAAACUACAACAAAUUCAAUUUCAACAAAUGCAACAACAACAACAACAACAACAACUACAACAACAAACAAGACAACCAUCUCAACCACAAACACCUCAAAUGCAAUCACAACCUCAAACACCUCAAAUAUUAUCACAACCACAACAACAAUUACAACAAUUACAACAACAACAACUACAACAGCAACAACAACUUCAGCAACAACAACUUCAACAGCAACAGUUGUUUCAACAACAACAACAACAACAACAACAACAACAACAACAGCAACAACAACAACAACAACAACAACAACAACAACAACAAUUACUACACCCACAGCAAAUGCAAAUACAACAAAAUUUACAACAACCACUUCAACAAAUACAACAACAACAACAAAUACAACAACAGCAGCAGCAGCAACUUCAACAACAACAACAACAACAACAACAACAACAACAACAACAACAACAACAACAACAACAACAACAACAACAACAACAACAACAACAACACCAUCAGCAACUUCAACAGCUUCAACCACAGCAACAGCAACAGCUUCAACAACUUCAACCACAGCAACUUCAACAACUUCAACAGCUUCAACAGCUUCAACAACUUCAACAACUUCAACAACUUCAACCACAGCAACUUCAACAACUUCAACAACUUCAACAACUUCAACCACAGCAACUUCAACAACCACAACAACUUCAACCACAACAACUUCAACAACAACAACUUCAACAACAACAACAACCUCAACAGCAACAACAACAACCACAACAACAGCCACAACAACAACCACAACAGCAACAACAACCUCAAUAUCAAACCACAUUCCAAUCUAUUGCAAGCCCAAAAGAAAAGGAUAAAGAAAGAGAAAAAGAAAAAGAAAGAGAAAGAGAAAAAGAAAAGGAUAGAAAGUUUAAAAAGGUUAAAAAAACAGAAUCAAAAAAAGAAUCAAAAAAAUCAUUAAAUGAUUCAUCAAAUAGCGAUAUUAACACUUCAGUUGAGCAACAUUCACCACUUUCUCCUCAACCAAUUUCAUCUUCAAAACCAACACCACCUCCAGUAUCUUCAAAACAACCACAAACAACGCAAUCAAAUACUACUACCACUCAAGAUUCUAUACCACCAAUUGAACAAAAGAAAAAGAGAGGUAGACCUCAAAAAAAACAAUAA